AUGGUUGAGAUUGUUGGUCUUAUCUCUGCAGAAACGACCCUCCACUCUUCGGAUCGCAACGCUAUGAAAAUUUCUAGAUAUGAGGAUGAACAACCCGACAAUGUCAAUGCUGAAUUCCAGCAUGCACAUGCAGAAUUAGCAACUCUACGCAAUCAACGUGUGCAAGCUCCCUCUCAAUCAACCGUCGACAGCAGUGACGAUGAUUCCCCCACUUUGCCAGCCGCUACUCAAUCACCCUUCUCUUGGAGAGAUACUAACCACCUCAACCUCAUCAAGCAAUGGACGUUAGAAAACGACAACAGCGUCGUCUCCAAAGACAAGAGAUUGCUGCUCGUUUUCUCCAACCUCCCUCCGAUAACCAUGAUUUUCAAUAUAUCUAUUUACCCACCAAAGCUCGAGUGCCUCCGAAUCCUGGGCAUAUAUUAUCCCACUAGAAAUGUUGUGGCUCUCCUAGUUCACAAUGACUACACUCCCGAACUUAAGGCCCAUCUUCGAAAGUUUAAAGUACAUACUAAAGAGGAUUUUAACCCUAGCGGCGGUUCUACUCUCAUGGACCCUCACUACGCCCAGAAUACCAAGGAAGAACGAGACUCUUAUGCCGUCAUGCAUCAUCGGGGCCGAUUAAAACGUGCCCUUACAUACAUUCGUGCACCUGUUAAAUACGCAAUGGCACGCUAUUUCUACAGCCAAGGUUGGAUUAACAAAGAAGCCCUUAAUGACACACUUGCAUCAAAGGAAUCCAAAUCUACCGAAGUCUUAUAUCUUGACCAUGACAUUGAGACGUCCAAGCAAGGCCUUGAGAAUAACUCCUCUCAUCUACUAUGA